AGAGGCCGCAUGGGUGCAGCCAGUCCAUCAGUGGGUGCAAUUCGUGCUUGAGAGUCACGUGUACGCGCUCUGUGGAUCAGUAACUCAAACCAUGCUGUUAUUUUACCUGCAGUUCGCCUGAAGUUAAAGAACGCUGGUUAGAUACUGUUCACAGGAAAACUGCACAGGCCAGGAAGAGAACUCCUACGAUUUCCCCACCUCCAAUUGUCCUCAUGAAGGUCUUGAGCAGCACUACCACAAAUAAAUCUCUGAGUGGAGGAGGAAUGGAGGACGGUGUCAUCGACUUGCAAGCUAAUGCUCUCCAUGGCAGCGGCAAUGGCAACAUCUCCUCCCCGCAGUGCAAGCCCGAGAUGGUGAUUGAACAUGAUGGUGGUAAGAAGGGCCUGCUCUCCAAGCUGAAGAGAAGAGACACACACACAGGCAUACCCACACAGCCAGGACACAAGACAAGCCAGCUGUUUGGACAACCUCUUCCUAAAGAUGCGAAAAUCCCCAAACCUAUUGCUGAACUUCUCGUGCUGCUGUGGAGGAAAGGUCCCGAGACAGAGGGAGUUUUCCGGACAGCGUGUAACAGCAAAAACCUAAAUGCUGUCCGUGACCAGCUCAACUCUGGGGUGGCGGUCGACUUAGAAGCAUUGCCUGUGACUUUGCUGGUUGGAUUGUUGAAGACUUUCCUGAGGGAGCUUCCAGGUAGCCUGCUGGUGGCUGAGCGCUACACUGAGUGGACAGACGCACUGGUGAAAGUGAAUAAAGAAGACCUACCUGCUGAGUUAAGAAGGAUUGUUUCCAAACUUCCUGAAGCCAACGGCGUCCUGCUGCAGCACCUGCUCUGUUUGCUGUGCCGCAUUAUCCAGAGAUCAGAGAAAAACAAAAUGGAUCCCAAAAACUUGGCCAUCUGCAUCGCUCCAACUCUGCUACAGCCUGGCAGCCUAAAGCUAGAUGUGAGCACGGUCGAAAAGGUGACAAGCAUAACCCAGUUCCUGAUUGAAAAUUGUUGUGAAAUCUUUGGAGAAAAGAUCCUGACUCUGCUUGGAGACCCGGAGGAGGAGCUGGGACAUGUCUCAGAUACUCUGCCUUCACACCAGCACCACUCCGAUUCUGACAACACCGAUGGAGAGAAUUGUGAAGCAACAGGACACACACACCAAGCAUGUCCUCAUAUCCAUAUCCAGUGUUCAGUCAAUCAUUCCCACUCCUCAGAUGAUAUUUUCGAGACUGUCACCAAGCCCGUUGACCGGCGCAGCUCUGAGCCUGCCAUCUUUUCCUUGGUCGGAGUGAAGGAACUCCAAUUUCUGGCUCGGAGUCACGACGACUGUUCCUCUGCUAAGGAGUACGAAGAACAGACUCUCAAGAAGCAAAACUCUGAUGAUUCCUUUCUAAAACCACAGAGAAGACACUUGCAACCUUUACUGAGAAAAACCACUGGCAGUCUAAACCUCGAAGUCCCGGUCAUCAACAAAACCUGCUCUUGCUCUUCAACUUGUUCUCUGGAAAGCACUAACUCUAACAUCUCUGAGAAUUCAGUGUUUGUCAGCUCUCCUUUACCUUCUCCUUCCAGCCCUCGGAAAACACAACCUGAGCGACAUAUGUCUCUUAAUGGAAAAUCUAAAACGGAAGCAAAUUUGAGGCGUCCGUUCCCAUUUAAGAGAGCCAAAAGCCUGGGAAAUUUCUCCAUUAACAGGGGAAGUGUCAAGAAAACGGAGGGACAAAAAGAGGGAACUUUUCCAUGUGGAACAUUGCAGGAGGACUCUCAGAACGAGACGGAGGUUCAGGACGUGCCGUUGAGGCGUCAAAGACCACUCUCGGCCAUGGAGGUCUUUGAGCAUGUAGACAGACGUGACCCUGGAAGUCCGCCAUCCUACAAACAGGCUCUACACUCUGGAGCCCUGCAGGCACCUCCGAAAUACCGUUCCAUGACUGUGCACGAUGCAAGAGAGCUGGGCCAAAGAUCUCGGCCCACCUCCAUGAACGAUUACAUCCUGGACCCUUCACCUGUUAGCCAACUUUUGGACAGUUUUACCCUUUCGAACAAUGGUUUACCUCAGCAGAACGCAUUUAGGCAAAGGGCCAUGUCUGAGUCGGUAAGCUGCACCAGAAUGGAAAAACUCAAUCGUCGAUGUAGUCAGCCCGUUUUCGAGGAAUCCUCUUAUGCAAAGGAGUCAUAUGUGUAAAUUAUAACUUGCGUUGUUUUGUUGUUUUUCACAAUGUGCUUGCUAGUCUGACACGUUCCCUAUAAGGCAGUGUUGAUGUUUUCUUUGUUUGUCUGUUUGUUUCUAACAGCUAUUUAAUAUGCUAAUGUAAAAAUUAUAUCACCAGUCUAAAGCUACGUUUCUGUAAAUAUUAUAAUGUGUAAAUAGAACAACCUUUUUUGGUAAUUUUGGCAAAUUCACAUAUUUACUUUUGCACUGGAGCUACAAGGCUAAUGUUGCUAACAAGUAAGAGAAGUCGGAUACAGCUGCCUCAAAUCACUGCAAUGACUUCAGUAAUCUUAUGCACACUUACCAAUGUAGUUUAGGACUAUAAUUUAUAAUCUGUAAACAUGAACUAAACUUUACUGUGUAGCUAAAUACUGUAAAGUCAUAUGUAGGCGGCCAUCUUGAAUUACUUCUUUCUUUAACUUAAUUAGGCAUCGUUUUAGCCCCAUAAGCCUCACCCCAAGUUUUUAAGAUACUUUUUUUUUUUUUUUUUUACAGAAACUUGAGUUUUUGCAGAUGGUCACAGGCACCUCCUGCUGUUUUAUAAAAGUGUUUAUUUAAAUAUAUAUCAUAUUUGAAAAAAUGAUGUUGGCUUGCAUUUGUAAAUGCAACCUUUGUUGGACAUUUGUGGCUUAAAUCUUAAGAUGCAAACAACAGCACCAGUCAUGUCCUGACUGAUUGACUACAUUUGCACAAAAUGCUGUAUAUUUUGUUUCAACCAGUACCCUUUAACCAGUUCUCUUUCUGACUGUUUGGCUAAAGAGUUUAGUUUUCUAUAUUAGCGUCUGGCACUUUCACAAUGACACUUGUACAUUAUGUAUAUGUUUGUUUGUGUAUAUGUCUAUUUUAUAUGUAAACAUCCUGCUUUCCUUCACUACAAUAAACAUCAUGUUAUAUGAA